AUGGACCGUGUUUCUGGUUCUGUCAUAACUAAACGUCAGUGGCAGGUGGGCGAACAAGCGCAUCGUAGUUUCCUAUCCGUAUCUAGGCGAGUGACAGUGGCUUGCGAAAGUGCACAUAAUUGGAUCGGUGCUUUAGAAAGGGGGUUACGAGUUGUGUCAAUGGAGUUCGAUGAACUCGUGUUUGGCGGGAAUUUUGCGGCAGCCAUCAGAAGACCUGAUGUUAGCUGCGCGAGCGAUGUGAACCAACACUGGUUCUGUUCAUUGGACUUUAAGUCUGUGGGAUAA